GAUGCUGCAGAAAGGGAAACACUGCAUCCCUGUGGCCAUACGCAGAUAUUCAAAUGACACAGCCUUUUUUUUCUUUCUUUUUUUUCCCAGCGAAAGUAAAGCGGAACAGCACACAAGGGAGGAGACGUUUUAAUAGGAGAGGCUUUUUAUAGACUCACACUAGAGGAGCCUCAGAACAAGGGGGGACGUUGUUGUUGGCUCCACGGCCCUUCUCCUCGCCGCCGAUGGGCGAGCAGCUGAUGCAUCGGGGGCAGCACCCUGCACGCAGCCCCCCGAGGCGCCUUCAAAUAGACGGCGUGAGGAGGAGGAGGAGGAAGAGGAGUGUGGAGCUGAGCGGAGCCAGAGCAUAGGCAUGCCAGGCUCCGUCGCCAUCAUGGCCGUGCAGAAGAGCGCCGGCGCCCGGCCGUCGCAGGCGCCCCCCCGCGGGACCAACGGGCAAGACAAUGACGCAAGAGCCAAUCCGAGGAGGCCGGUGAGCUCAGUCCUAGUGCCGCCAAGGUCCAGCUCAGUGGCCGGGGGAGCCAACAUAGACGAGAGGCUCAAAGCAGCGCGGGAAAGACGAGAGGAGCAGCAGAAGUUACUCGCCUGGCGGGUGCAGAGCAGGCAGGAGCGUGCGCAGCGAGCCAAGCUGCACUACGAGCAGCAGCUGCAGGAGCGCCAGAGGAAACUGCAGGAGCAAAAGAUGAAGGAGGAGAGGCGACGCUACGCUGUGGAGGAGAAACGCAAACUGCGACUCCUGGAGGAAAAAGAGCGCAAUGAAACGGCGGUGCGCAGGACGCAGGAAAAGAGCCAAAAAGCCCAACAGAACUUCAGUCAGACUCUGAGGGGCAGGAAGCCCACCAGUUCUGUUCCACGUCACUUAGCCCUCAGCACAUGGGAGAAGAACCUGGUGAGUCGCCUGCUAACCCCCACCAGCUCUUAUCUGGCCCGAAGCAAGAGCUCUGCUUGCCAGUCGGGAGAUGAAGUCGUUCAUAUUUGUCGCCGCGCAGUUUCCUUCUACUCCACAACCAGCAGCAGCUCCAGCGGCGGCCCGCAGAGACCCCAGGAGCCGAAACCGCAGAUCCAGAGGCCACAAAACCAGAGGCUUCAGAACCGCAGACCCCAGGAGCUGAAACCACAGAUCCAGAUCUCGCCGAACCAGAGGCUCCAGAGCCAGAAACCCCAGGAACACAAACCUCGGAACCAGAGACUCCUGGAACAGAAACCUCAGAACCAGAGACCACAGGAACAGAAACCCCAGAACCACAGGCCUCAGAACCAGAGACUCCAGGAACAGAAACUCCAGAUCCAGAGGCCUCAGAAUCACAGGCUACAGAACCAGAGACCGAAACCAUCCUUGAGUCCCAGCCACAGCCAGACCAGAAGCACCAACCAUAGACAGCCUAAAACCAGCAUGCAGCACGAUGCUAACAAGAGGAACAUCGGCCCGAGUGUUCGAUCACCGCCCAACAAAACCAGUAGAACGUCAUCAUCUCCCUCUCCAGACCAAGUCCAUAGGAGAUCUGGCCGGCGGCAUUCCAUCCCUCUGCAACUGGACCUGCCGUCUGUUCCCGAGGAAGAUGUUCCUAUCUGCACAUCGGUUUCGUCGCCCGGCAACUCCAGGCCUGCCAGAAUAUCCGCCGAAGGUCAGCAUGACGACGAAAUGGAGGACUCUCCCGUGGAUCCUUCAGACCUGCUCGGCUUUGAGGCAGAACUCGACGGCAGAACUGCCGGAGAUGGAAGUCCCUGCAAGUUUCCUCCUUGUCUACCAGAAGUCCAACUCAGGGCCUCGGCCGGCACCAGCGACCCAGAGGAAGGCUCCCGUCUCCUGGCUGAGAAGAGGCGUGAGGCCCGCCUGCUCCGAGAGCGAGAAGAACAGGAGAGCCUCCAAGCGGCCGAGGCAGAAAGGCGGAGUUGCGAAGAACUGGAGCGGCGCAGGGCCGAGGAGCGAGCCCGCCAGCAGGCCGAGGCGCAGCGUCUGAUCGCCGACAAGAGGAGGCGGGAGGAGGAGGAGCAGAGGCGGGCGGAGGAGGAGAUCGCUCAGGCCAUGAAGGAAGCGGCUCUUCUGCAUAAAAAGAGAGAGGAGGAACAAACCAGGGAGCGAGAAAAAGCAGCCCAGUUGGUGCAGGAGCGAGAGAUGCUCGCCCAGAAAGAAGAAGCAGAACGCCAAGUCAGGAAGAAGCGACUGGAGGAGAUCAUGCGGCGGACCAGAAGAACAACUUCUCCUGUCACGAAAUCGGCGGCGGCGAGCAUCUUACCGAAAGAGAACUCGGAGCAUCCCGUGCACGGCGGCGCCGGAAAGGAGGCCGUCAAGGUGCCGGAGGCGGGGACCAGGUCCCAGCAGUUGAUCCUGGACCACAACGACGACGACGACGACGGCGACAUGGGGGUGCCCGUGGUGGCCUUCAAGGAGCGUAGGUCUCUCCGGACCCUGGAAGACAUUCAGACGCACCAACGAGCCGAGGUCAUCUGAGUUCCUAUAUAGAGACAAGCGGUGACAUCGCAAGGACGACAACAAGGCAGAAUUUGGCUGCAUGGAAAGUCACCGCCAUACUUUUUCUGUGAGAAUGUAACAUUAAUGCUAACUUGUGUGUGUGUGUGUGUGUGUGUGUGCGUGUGUGUGUGUGUGCGUGUGUGAGUGUAUGUCUACCCUUCUUGAGACAUGAAGAAGGAAAAGUAGCUUCCAUAUGAGGAGGUGUCAAAAAGUUAGUACCGAAAUCAUGGUCCCAAUAACAUUUCGUUUAAUAGAGAAUUUCUCUUUUGCACCCAUGGUGGUGAUAUCCAUCAAAAUGAGGAAGGUCCAAAAAAGUAAGGAUUUUUCAAAUUGACUGUGUGUCGCUUUUAAAGGAUGUUUGAUAUAUAUAUAUAUAUAUAUAUAUAUAUAUAUAUAUAUAUGUACAUAUAUAUAUAUAUAGUAUUUUUCGGAGUAUAAGUCGCUCCGGAGUAUAAGUCGCACCUGCCGAAAAUGCAUAAUAAAGAAGGAAAAAAACAUAUAUAAGUCGCAUUUUGGGGGGAAAUGUAUUUGAUAAAAUCCAACACCAAGAAUAGACAUUUGAAAGGCAAUUUAAAAUAAAUAAAGAAUAGUGAACAACAGGCUGAAUAAGUGUACGUUAUAUGAGAAGGUGCCUGGUAUGUUAACGUAACAUAUUAUGGUAAGAGUCAUUCAAAUAACUAUAACAUAUAGAACAUGCUAUACCUUUACCUGUCACACCGCGGUGAGGGAAGUCUUGUCUUGGUUUUACUGUCUUGUGAUUUACGUGUUUUAAUUUUAAAAGCUACCCUCUUGUUUCAGACCACGGGUACUUCCUCUUGUGUUAUCAGUCUGACGUCAUCCCUGAUUCCUGAUUGUUUCCACCUGUUCCCCAUCACUCCCCACAAAUCCUAUUUAAGCUCACUUCUCCGUUUGUCCUUUGCCAGAUCGUCUCGUCUAUCGUGCCUUUCUAGCGUCCAUGUCCAUGUCCUUGAUUAGCUCCUUGUCUUGCUCCUGUUUUCCUAGUUACCCUAGUUUUCGCUGUAAUUUUGAGUUUACUUUUUCCUCCUUCGAGCGUCCUAUGUUAUCCUUCGUCUUCCUAAUUGGUGAGUUUUUGUUUUUCCAAAUUUCGAAUUUUUUGCCUCAUUGAUUUUUUUUGUUAUUUAUAGUUAGUGUUUAUAUAUAGGUAGUUUUUUGUUUUUUUUCCUCCUGUUGGAGCACUUUUCGUUUAUUCUUAUUAAUAUUCUUUUUUUGUUAGAAUUUCCUUAGAUUUGUAUUCCUCCUUAUUUUUGUGGUGUGAUUUUAAGUUGAUUGUUUAUCCUCGGAAUUAUUUUUCCGCGCGUUGAUUAUUCUUGUGAAAAACUUUUUGCAUUGGAGGUAAAAAGUUGACGUCAUCCCUGAUUCCUGAUUGUUUCCACCUGUUCCCCAUCACUCCCCACAUCCUAUUUAAGCUCACUUCUCCGUUUGUCCUUUGCCAGAUCGUCUCGUCUAUCGUGCCUUUCUAGCGUCCAUGUCCAUGUCCUUGAUUAGCUCCUUGUCUUGCUCCUGUUUUCCUAGUUACCCUAGUUUUCGCUGUAAUUUUGAGUUGACUUUUUCCUCCUUCGAGCGUCCUUGGUUAUCCUUCGUCUUCCUAAUUGGUGAGGUUUUGUUUUUCCAAAUUUCGAAUUUUUGCCUCAUUGAUUGAGUGAUUUUUUUUGUUAUUUAUAGUUAGUGUUUAUAUAUAGGUAGUUUUGGUGUUUUUUCCUCCUGUUGGAGCGCUUUUCGUUUAUUCUUAUUAAUAUUCUUUUUUUUGUUAGAAUUUCCUUAGAUUAGUAUUCCUCCUUAUUUUUGUGGUGUGAUUUUAAGUUAAUUGUUUAUCCUCAGAAUUAUUUUUCCGCGCGUUGAUUAUUCUUGUGAAAAACUUUUUGCAUUGGAGGUAAAAAGUUGAUUCAAAAUAAAAUCUUUAUUUUUUUGAACUUCUUCUCUGCAUCUGGGUCCUCUCCUUACUCCGAGUCGUAACAUUACCAAACAAUCUGUCACUCCUAAUCGAUAAAUCCCAUGAAAUCUUAUACGUGUAGUCUCUUACGUGAAUGAGCUAAAUAAUAUUAUUUGAUAUUUUACGGUAGUGUGUUAAUAAUUUAACACAUAAGUCGCUCCUGAGUAUAAUUCGCUGAAAAAAACUGCGACUUAUAGUCCGAAAAAUACGGUAUAUGCCUACCGCUUUAGGACCACUCAUUUGGAUAUAAAGAUUUGCAUUUACAGCAUCAAUAAUAUA